AUGGGCGCCCGGCAGCGGGAGUUUGACCACUGUGUCGCCUCCCUGUCGAUGUCGAUGCUGGUACUCGAGGCGUCCGACAUCCACCCCUCCACCUUAAAAUGCCUCAAAUUACCGCCGUUGAUUGUCGAAGAGCCGGAAGGACUCCUGUCGACGCAGCUGAAAUCACCUGGAAAAAAGGACAGGCCAGAAAUCUCGGGUCCGAUCACGAACCCGGCGAUGCGGAUGGCAGGGCAUCUGGAAGGGAGCCCAGGGCCGCUUCGUCAGGGCCCUGUGCUGCGCCCGCCUCAAAAUGCCUUCGAUCAGAACGUGAUGAAGAAUUGCGUGGAGGAGCUGCGCCGCAAACGCUUACAAACGGCCGACGAACUGCUGGGCGGGGAGCAAAACGAGGGAGCUUCCGGUCAGAGUCGGUUCGCCGAUGGGCAGUUGAGAACGCGUACCGGCGGAGGUUCAUGGCGGGGGAGUCGGGAGCAGCGCCUGUCCGUCCCCAGCAUCUCCGACGAUCACGUGAUCAACUCGGCCAGGGCGCUGCGCGAAAAGUUUGGGCGCACCGACGCCGGCGAGCUGCGGGUGAUCAACGAGGGUCUAAUCACACCCGUGGUGCGCCGGAAGGACUUCUCGGCCUACCUGAGCGCGCUCGACGCCGAGACGACGAGCAGCGACAGCUGCGAGGAUCGAAAUAACGACGCCGAAUCCCAUGAUGUUUUCGACCGUAAUCGCAAGAAUUUGGAGGCUAUUUUGGAUCCGUCACGCCGUCCAGACCCGGGAUUUCCAAGGAGG